UAUAAUGAAUGCAGGGUCCGGGGAGAUCAGAUAUAGUGAAUGCAGGGUCCGGGGAGAUCAGAUAUAGUGAAUGCAGGGUCCGGGGGGACCAGAUAUAGUGUAUGCAGGGUCCGGGGAGACCAGAUAUAGUGAAUGCAGGGUCCAGGGAGACCAGAUAUAGUGAAUGCAAUUUCUGGGGAGACCAGAUAUAGUGAAUGCAGGGUCUGGGGAGACCAGAUAUAGUGAAUGCAGGGUCCUGGGAGACCAGAUAUAGUGAAUGCAGGGUCCGGGAGACCAGAUAUAGUGAAUGCAGGGGUCCGGGGAGACCAGAUAUAGUAAAUGCAGGGUCCUGGGAGACCAGAUAUAGUGAAUGCAGGGUCCGGGGAGACCGGAUAUAGUGAAUGCAGGGUCCGGGG